AUGCGUCUAUAUAUUCUUCUGGCGAUUAGUGCGGUCAGCGUCAGUGCUUUGGCCAACAAAAAGGUGAGGUUUCUUUCAAGAAUUAGGCUAUAAACUGUGUUUAAGGCGAGACAAACCACGGAGGACGAGGUGGGAGAUGAUUACUCGGACUUUUCGUCCCAGUCGGUCAAGAACGCAGGAGCGAAUCAUGAACUGAAGCAAGUGACCUACUCAACAAUUGCCCCAAAGUUCGACAUUCCGACACGCACACCUCUUCUCAAUCCGAAUCCAAUUGGACAGAACCGAGUGCAAGCUACCACGAAGAAGCCGGUUGUGGUGGACUACAGAAGAGGUUACUACUUCCAGCAUUACCCGUGGGAUCGGCUCCCGAGACGUUACCUUCUUCGUCCGGGCAUGACCUACGUCUAUCCACCACAGUAUCAGUACGCCAACUAUCGUUAUCCUUAUCUUCCGUCCACCUACAUCGAUCCUUACAACAUUUACCGAUCCCACCCAGGAAUUGGAUACGGCUGCGGACAAUCGGGAUGCGGAGGAGGAUACCCACAAGGAUACGGAGGAUACAGCAGUGGUUGCGGAGGAGGAAGCGGAUCAGGAUGUGGAUCAUUCGACGAUGACGAGGACGAAGAUUCGUACGAAGACGAGGACGAGGAGGGAGGAAAGAGCGGAGAAGCCAAGAUCAACAAGAAAGAUCCACUGGAGGAUUUGGAGCUGGAAGAUCUUGAAAAGCUGUCAAAGUCAACGGACGAGGGCAAAUCUACUUCAUCUGGGGCUGCUGAUGAUCUUGAUGAUGUGGAGCCAACCCCAAUUAAGAAAACGAGUGUGAAGGCUUCAGACGAUGAGGAUUUGAUCGAUGAUAGGAAAAAGGCCAAGAGAAACUUCUUGAUCAAGUGGGCAUAG